CGGACUCUUGCUCGGCUCGCGAAUCCUCCGGCUGUCUCAACGUUCCCUUGCAAAAGCCAGCACCGCCGGCGCCCGCUUGCUUGCUUGCUCGCUCGCUCGCUCGUCUGGCUGCCUGCACGCUCGCCCUGGUCGCUUGCACGUUUUUAUCCCCACGCUUCCGUCCCCUCGCCGGCCUUGAUUUCUUCCUGGAGCACGUCCUCGGCCUCCCAAUCGCCCUCCGCUUUCCCUCUCUGCUACUUCCCCAGCCAUUCCUCCCUCAACACCCACCACCUUUCCUCUGGACCAGUUCCCUGCCAGCCCCGUCCUUCCGCACACGCCCUUUCCCGACCUGCAGAUAGACAUCCAGACCAUGGAGGCGGAAAAGGACGGCGUCGUCGUCGACAGCCAAAGCAGACAUCGGUCUCCCUCCAUCACCCAUGUUUCGAGGCGCGUUUCGACGGCCGACGGCGUAAUAACUCCCGGAACCACCACCCCGCGGCGGUCGCUCAUGUCGAAGCUGUUCCUGCCAGGCAGCCCGUCGGUACACGAAAUAGCAAAUAGCACGCUCGACGACAAUCCGUAUGUGGUCCAGCUGCCCUCGGUGCCUGGCUCGUGGUCAAAGGCCUCCAACUACAUCCGCACAACCAAAUACACCCUGCUGUCGUUCCUGCCGCUCACGCUCUACUACCAGUUUCAUCGAUUCUACAACAUCUACUUUCUGCUCGGUGCACUCUCGGUCAUCUCCAAAGUAUCGAGUCUGUCGCCGAUCACGCAAAUCUCGCCGCUCAUCUUUGUGCUGGGCUUUACCGCUGCCAAGGAGGCCAUCGAAGACUAUUCGAGAUACAAGGCCGAUAAGGAGGCCAACAACCAGCAAGUCUUCGUCAUCCGAGAUGGACAAAAGCUGAGCAUAUCAAGCAUGAAUGUUCAGCGCGGCGACGUUAUAUUCAUGGAGAAAGGCUCCAAGGUUCCUGUUGACUGCAUCCUCGUCAGCACGAGCUUCGAGGACGGAACCUGCUUCAUCGAGACGGCCGAGCUCGACGGUGAGACAAAUCUGAAGCGAAAAUCCGCUCCGACCAAACUGAAUCACUGGAAUACCCCUCAGUCUUUUGUUAGUUUCAGGGGACGGAUAGAAUGCGAGCACCCCAACGAGCAUCUCACAACAUUCGAGGGCCGGAUCAUCCUUCCUGAUGCAGAAACCCAAACGCCCUCUGUGACUUCGCUAUCUGCUGCCAAUGCGGUGCUGCGCGGUGCUGUUAUCCGCAACACCGACUGGGUCUACGCUGUCGUUGUCUAUACGGGAAACGACACCAAGAUCAUGAAGAACCUGAAGCAGACCGGUGGCAAGACCUCCACUAUGGAGCGCAAGCUAAACUAUCUGGUGCUCGUUGCGUUCGCCUACAAUGCAGUGCUGCUUGUCUCUAGUGUGAUGCUCGAGUAUUCCGGCUACAUCUCCAUCCUCCAAGAAGAGACGGCGUUCAUGCAGACCCAGCCCAACGACUAUGCCAUUGAGUGGUAUCUCGGCCCUGUGGAGACAUCCAUCAGCACUCACGUUUUCGGAGUCACCGUUGGCUUCUUCUCGAUAUACACCUACGUCAUUCCGAUAUCCCUCUUUGUCACGAUCGAGCUGGCUCGGCUUGCCCAGGCACAGUUCAUCAUGUGGGACGACAACAUGAAGUACGACAAAGAGAAGAUUGACGGCACGACCGAAAAGUGCAGCAUGAAAGUCAACAACUCCAACUUGAAUGAGGAUCUGGGCGCUAUCGAGUACAUAUUCUCGGACAAGACCGGGACAUUGACACAGAACCGCAUGAAGCUCUCCAAAUGGCUUGUUAACGGCUCGGUGUACGAUGAGAUGGAGUCACCAGGCCAGCUUGGGCGCGCUCUGAGGGACCCCAGCAUCUCACCCGCACACAAAGACACCCUGAUCAAGUUCUGCCACACAAUGGUUCUAUGCCACACUGCCAUCCCGUCUGUCAACGAAUUCACUGGCGAGCUGAUGUACGAAUCGCAGUCUCCAGACGAAACUGCCUUGCUGCAGGCCAUCAACCAAAACGAAGUCAUCAUGACAAAGCGGUCAAAGUCCGACACCAGCAUCACCUUUUGUGGUGUCCGGGAAGAGUAUCCGAUUCUGCAGAUCCUCGAGUUCUCGAGCGACCGCAAGCGCAUGUCCAUCAUCACCCGCAUGCCCGACGGAGCCAUCCGGCUAUAUACCAAAGGCGCAGACAACAUCAUCCUCGCGCGUCUGUCGCCGGAUCAAUCGGUCAACCCGCCGGCGCGGAUCGCACAGGCCGAGCGGGCACUCCAGCUCUUUUCCGAGUCUGGACUGCGGACACUCAUGGUCGCAUGGAAGGAGCUAUCUGAGCAGGAGUACGCCACCUUCAAGAUCAAAUACGAUGAGGCCGAGCAGUCGCUGACGGCCCGCGAGCAGAAAAUCGCAGCCGUGUGCGAGAGCAUCGAGACCGACAUGCAGUUCUUGGGAUGUACCGCCAUUGAGGACAAGCUCCAGGACGAAGUUCCCGAGACCAUCGCGUACUUGCUGAAGGCUGGCAUCAAGAUUUGGCUGUUGACCGGCGACAAACAGGAGACAGCAAUCAACAUUGGCCACUCCAGCUCGCUGCUGGAUCGUGAUGCCCAUAUCCUGAAACUCAACGCAGCAAAUGAGAAGACAUGCAAGUCAGCGAUGGAGGAAAUGAUGCAGUCCAUCAACCAGUCACCGAACGACAAGUUUAGCUUGGUCGUGAGCGGUGAAUCCCUGACACACAUAUUCAACAGCGGCGCGAGCCUACCGAGUCUCUUCCUCAGCAUUGGCGUGCGGUGCGACAGUGUUAUCUGCUGUCGGGUGACGCCGCUUCAGAAGGCCCUUGUGGUCAAAUUGGUUCGGUCUCAGCUCAAGAAGGUCACGCUCUCGAUCGGCGACGGCGCGAACGACGUCUCGAUGAUCCAGUGCGCCAACGUUGGUGUCGGCAUCAUGGGUCGAGAAGGAACCCAGGCCGUACGAGCGGCCGACUAUGCCAUUGGCGAGUUCCGGUUCCUGAAGCGAUUGAUGGCGGUUCAUGGCCGAUAUUCGUAUAUGCGCUUCGCGGCCCUGAUCUUUUACAGCUUCUACAAGAACCUGGCCUUCAUCACGGUGCAGUGGUGGUACGGCUUUGAAAGCAGCUGGUCGGCGAUGACGGCGUAUGAGGAGGUAUUCUUCACCCUCUUCAACAUUGUCUUCACGUUCUUCCCGCCGCUGGUCCUGUCGCUCUACGAAAAGGAUGUCUCCGAAAAGGGCAUCCUCAAGUACCCCGAGCUGUAUACGCAGCUCAGAGCGGGCUUGUACUGGAACUGGACGUGGUUCGCCACAGUCGGCACCAGUAUGGCCUGGCACGCCUUUGCUAUCUUUGGCUCAGUCUACAUGAUCAACUACGACGGCACGCUGGCGCCGAAUGGGCACAGCACCGGCUACUGGAUCCAAUGCUACCUCUUUGGAACACCCGUACUGCUGACGGUGCUUCUGAAGCAUUCGCUACAGACGAAACGAUGGACGUGGUUGACCCUGUCUACGAUUGCGUUCUCGCUCCUCAGCAACGUGGCGGUGAUGUUUAUUAUCGACUUUGUCUUCAACAUGGUCGAGUACGGCACCUCUGAGAUCCAGCACGUCCUGCCGGCCUACUGGCUCACAUGUCUGCUCAUGCCCGUGUGCUGUGUUCUUCCGGAUUUGAUCUGCAUCUACAUGAAGCGGAUGAUUUGGCCUUCAGAUCCCGACAUUAUUAUGGAAGAAGAAAAGCUAGAGCGGUCCGAGGAUCCUCCUUCCGAUGUAUAAUAUGAAGGCCGACGCGCAUUGUAUUCCAAGAUGCAAGCCGGGGGCCCCGCUGCUCUCUUUCUGCGACCCACAGCCCAGUCACGCUGCCGUGUUCAUGUCGCUCCUAUCCCUUCGCCCACCCAUUUCAACCCAUCUUCAUCUCGUCCCCAAGAAACUAGCUUUCUCCCCCCCCCUCAAAAGAAAAACACACAUCCACUCCAACUUUUCUUCUUUCAUGUUCACUGAAUUCUAGCCCGAGUUUGGCUCCAGGGACGCAAACGCCCUGUUCCGCCGCUAUUCUGGUCUCGAGGGUGGGUGCACGAGGUUGAUUCCUUCUCUCCCCCCCCCCACACACCCGCCUUCGCCCUCCUGUGAAGAUUGCCCUGUGUGCUUUUGCAUCUCUCGAGUCUCUGGGUCAUACAUACUACUGCAUGGU